AUGCAUCUCCAGCUACUUUACCCUGCUCUCCUUGCUACUCACGUAGUAGCAUACGACACCCUACUCGACUUCCAUUCCGCUCCAGAGGUCGAAACGCGAUCUAUAAACGAAAUAUACAAGGCUGCUCUCAAAGAGGGCGGCGUGGUAGCAUCUUGGUUUGGUGGCGACGAAAAGAACCAGCAAGAUGCCGUCAAAAAGGCGUUCGAGGCAGCAUUUCCCGGAAUAACGCUGAACCUCACUGUUGACUUGUCUAAAUAUCAUGAUGGCAAAAUCGAUGAGCAGCUCGCUGGUAACAAUGUUUAUGUCGACACCGUUGCUCUGCAGACGACGCAUGACUUUCCGCGUUGGAAGGAGGAGGGUGCACUGCUUCACUAUGCACCUCUUGGGUUCGAUAAGAUCUAUCCCGAUUUCCGGGAUAUUGAUGCCGCUUUCUAUGGUUUCAUAGGUAUUGCAUGGCAGAUUAUCUGGAAUAAGGACAAGUUGAAAGGCAAAAAGACGCCUACGGAGUUCCCGGAUUUCCUUGCCCCAGAAUACAAGGGCAAGCUUGCCCUGACCUAUCCUAACGACGAUGAUGCAAUCCUCUUUCAGUUUGACCUCAUCCUCAACAAGUACGGCACUGCUUGGUUCAACAAGCUCCUCGAGCAAAAGCCUCGCUGGGUUCGAGGCUCAGCCACAGGCCCAAGUCUUGUCGCCGACCCAAAGUCACCUUAUGUUGCAACCUUCACCUCUGCCCUGGGUCUCACGACUGGUGGUACAGGCCCUCUAAACGCCACGUUUCCAAAGCAGGGCAAAUUCGUCUCAUGGCCGCAGCACACUGCCAUCUUGAAAGAUGCACCGCAUCCUGAAGGCGCCAAGCUGCUGCAGAACUUCUUACUUAGUAAAGACUUCCAGAAGGCAAGUGGUUUUUGGCCGGUGAGGAGUGAUGUUAGUGCCCCUGCAGGAUUUCCUAAGCUCAUCGACCAGCCCAAUACGAACACAAAUGCUUUUGCUAAGUUUAUGGGCGAUCGAGUGAGGGUUGAGAGGCUGAGGUUUUGGUUUGAGAAGAGACUUGGUACCGCUCAGGGUCUUAGCCCUCUGGAUGAUGAUCUCUAA